AGGCUCAUAACUUUCACAAUAAAAAACAGCAAUAUUCUGUUGGAUUUGUGGAUGACAGUGUUUCCGGUGAGAUCAUCGCUACACGAUUCAAGAUAUCCAUUCAGCACCAGUCCUGGAAGUUUCGUUGUAAGAUAAAAAUGUUAGUGGUGGCGACAAAGUACAAGGGCUAUUCUCUAUUUAUAAUCCCUACAUAAGAACAGUGUUUGAGUGAAACAUUUCUUCAUGCGGUUUAUCUCGAUUAGGAGUGGAGAAGUUCUUCAAAGUCUGCAGCCGCAGUGAUCCUAAACUUGAGGAGUGCGUCGUUGAGUCCCUGAAUGAAGCAAAAGGCAACAUUGCGAAAGGCGUGCCGUCGCUAGGGCUGGAGCCUUUGGAGCCCGUGUACUUCCGGGAGGUGCGCAUUGAGGAGGGCCCCGCCGACUUCCAGCUGCGCCUCGUGAUGCGCAACGCCUCCUUGGCUGGCCUCGCUAACUUCACCGCCACCAGAGCCAGGGUGGAUAUUCCGGGGCGAUACAUCGAGGUGGAGAUGCUGGUGCCACGGUUCCUGUUAACAGGUCGCUACUCCUUCAGUGGACAAAUACUCACCCUGCCCAUCAACGGAGACGGACCCUUUAACGCCAUUAUGGGUGCGGUGAACUUGACGAACAGAAUUCGCUUCUCCGAGGAGAAACGCGAUGGCGUCCUGUACUGGAAGGCGGUGGAGUAUCUCUGGGACAUGAACAUGAACGAGCUGCACGUGGAUUUCCGGAACCUCUUCCGCGGAAAUAAGCGGCUGGAAGUUGAACGGGACAUAAAACUGUGUGGCAAGAAGAAGCUGCCACGAUUGGAAUUGGACUGGAUUGAAAUGGAAAUU